UGCUGAAACCAAAAAACGAAAUAGGACGAACCGAAAACCUUGGUCCCUCCAUUUCACAAAACCCUAGCCCCUCUCAAAGCCUCCCUCGCCACUCUCUCUCAACCCUCUGCGUUCUCUCUAGACCCACAAGCUUUCAUCUUCUUCAAGCGAGGAUCUAUUUGCAAGCUUUCAUCUUCUUCACCGAUGCAACUUUCCGAGAAAGCUUGAUAACGCUCUCCUGGAGCCCUUCUUCACCGCAAACUGAGGAAAGCUCUAACCCUACGAACUGAGCCAGAACAGUUGUCAUAAUGGAAUCAGGGUCCCUUGAAAGCCCGAACUCUUCUACAUUUUCACUGACCGAUGAGGAUCACACCCUUGGAAAUGCAGUUAGAUUUGUCUUAAAUCAGGAUCCAAGGACAUCAUUUUGUGGAUACAGCAUUCCCCAUCCAUCUGAAAAUCGUGUGAAUAUACGAGUUCAAACAACUGGUGACCCUGCUAAAGAUGUGUUCAAAGAUGCUCUCCAGGAUCUGAUGUCCAUGUGCCAACAUGUGAGGGGCACAUUUGAUAAGGCAGUUAUUGACUUCAAGAAGAAAGGCGCAAAAGGAGGCAGACAGAGAAAUACGAAGGGGGGAGACAGAGAAAAAGUGGUGCGCAAAGCUGUUGGAGACAUGAACAUUGACUGAGAAUUGAUAGGACCAGUGUUCUAGAAACUGGAUUAGCCUAUUGAACCAGCUGCCGGCUAUUUUUUGGCUUCCCCAUGUUAUACUGUGCUCUGCGGGAGUACACUGUAUGCACGAUUUUGUCCUUUCCCAUGUUUUCGAUAGCUAUAUGAUCUUAACAUGAAAAGUACUGCUUGGGAGCACACUGUAAAUGCUCUUUGGUCUUUUCAGAUGAAAAGUAUUGUUUCUUCGA